GCACCAGUUACCAGUGUCAGAACACGAAAUACGAGUAGUGAGCGGUGUUGAGUUGGAGCAUGUGUGUCUUUAUUGACGUAUCUGAUUGAAUCCACGUGUAAUUUAAUAGGAAUAGGAUUUUGACAUUAUUAAUUAUCAUGGUGUUAGAUUUAGAUUUAUUUCGAAAAGAUAAAGGUUUCGAUCCUGAUAAAAUAAGAGAAAACCAAAAAAAUCGUUUUAAAGAUGUAAAUUUAGUCGACACAGUGAUUGAGAAAGAUAAAAUUUGGCGUCAGCUGCGACAUAAAGCUGAUAAUUUAAAUAAAUUAAAAAAUGUAUGUAGUAAAGAAAUUGGAGAGAAAAUGAAAAAAAAAGAAGCAGUAGACGGUGACGAUACUGUCUCAAAAGAUAUUCUUGAAAAUCUGGAAAAUUUGAUCCCUAAUAACCUGAAAUCGCUAACAGUUGCACAAAUUAAGACUGUUCGUAGUUUUAUCGAUGAUGCUAUUCGAACUAAUGAUAAAAACUUAAUUUUAAUUGAGUUUGAAAGAAAUCACGCACUUAAGGAAAUAGGAAAUAUUUUACAUGAAUCUGUACCAAUUAGUAAUGAUGAAGAAGAAAAUAAAGUCGAGAGAACAUAUGGAGAUUGUAUGCAAAAAAAAAAAUACUCUCAUGUUGAUUUAAUACAUAUGAUUGAUGGUAUAGAUGGAGAACGUGGUACUACUGUUUCAGGGGGGCGUGGUUAUUUUUUAAUAGGACCAGCAGUUUUUCUGCAACAUGCAUUAAUUCAAUUAGCUCUUAGAAAAUUAUAUAUAAAUGGUUACAAACCACUUUAUACGCCAUUCUUUAUGCGUAAGGAUGUUAUGCAAGAAGUAGCACAAUUAUCUCAAUUUGACGAAGAAUUAUAUAAAGUAAUUGGUAAAGGUAGUGAACGCAAUGAAGAUAAAGAAAUUGAAGAAAAAUAUCUGAUUGCUACUUCUGAACAACCAAUAGCUGCAUUUCAUAGAAAUGAAUGGAUUCCUGAAAAUAUUUUACCAAUUAAAUAUGCAGGAUUAUCCACAUGUUUUAGACAAGAAGUUGGAUCUCAUGGACGUGAUACGAGAGGCAUUUUUAGAGUUCAUCAAUUCGAAAAAGUGGAGCAAUUCUGUUUAACAUCACCAUAUGAUAAUAAAUCUUGGCAAAUGAUGGAAGAAAUGAUUUCAAAUGCAGAAGAAUUUUAUAAAUCAUUGGAAAUUCCUUAUCGUAUAGUAAACAUAGUAUCAGGUGCAUUAAACAAUGCUGCUUCAAAGAAAUUAGAUUUAGAAGCAUGGUUUCCAGGAUCAAAUGCUUUUCGCGAACUCGUCUCAUGCAGUAAUUGUUUAGAUUAUCAAGCAAGACGUUUAUUAGUCAGAUAUGGCCAAACUAAAAAAAUGAAUGCUAAUACAGAUUAUGUUCAUAUGUUAAAUGCAACAAUGUGUGCGGUUACUCGUGUUAUAUGUGCGAUUUUGGAAGUACAUCAAACUGAUACUGGUAUCAAAGUUCCAAAGGUUCUUGCACAGUUUAUGCCAAUGGAAUAUGAAAAUGAAAUUCCAUUUGUUAAAUCAGCUCCUAUUGACGAAACAGAAUUAAAAAAACAAAAAAGACAAAAAGAACGGAAAGAUGUCACCUUUUAAUUUCUUUAAA